AGCUCGUGGACCCCGGAUGCCUGGCCCAUUUUAAUUUCAGGCGACCCGACCCGGUCCCUUAACAACUCCAAGCACGCUUCAAAACCCUGCACUCCAUAUCCGCCGUCAUCGGUUUCGGGUUCAAGCCUCCUUCACGCCGAAGCUGUCGAUUGUUCUCUCUCGCCGCCGGGAACUCUGCUCAAAUUUAAUUGUGGGAAAAUGGCUGGUGGUAAGAAGAAGAAGGAAGUGAAGAAGGAGACUGGCUUGGGGCUCUCUUUUAAGAAGGAUGAAAAUUUUGGAGAGUGGUAUUCAGAGGUGGUUGUCCAUGGUGAGAUGAUCGAGUACUACGAUAUUUCUGGCUGUUAUAUUUUGAGGCCAUGGUCUAUGGGUAUAUGGGAAAUCAUGCAAGUAUUCUUUGAUGCAGAGAUCAAGAAGAUGAAAAUAAAAAACUGCUAUUUCCCUCUUUUUGUAUCAUCUAGUGUUUUAGAAAAAGAGAAGGAUCACAUUGAGGGCUUUGCUCCUGAGGUUGCGUGGGUCACAAAAUCUGGGAAAUCUGACUUGGAAAUUCCAAUUGCCAUUCGUCCCACUAGUGAAACUGUGAUGUAUCCGUACUUCUCCAAGUGGAUAAGAGGACACCGUGAUCUGCCUCUGAAACUCAACCAGUGGUGUAAUGUUGUUCGUUGGGAGUUCAGCAAUCCUACUCCAUUUAUCAGGAGCCGUGAGUUCCUUUGGCAAGAAGGGCAUACUGCUUUUGCAACAAAGGAGGAAGCAGAUGAAGAGGUCCUUCAAGUAUUGGAGCUGUACAGACGCAUUUAUGAAGAAUUUUUGGCAAUCCCUGUCAUAAAGGGCAAAAAAAGUGAGAUGGAGAAGUUUGCUGGUGGGCUUUACACAACUAGUGUCGAGGCAUUUAUUCCUAACACUGGACGUGGUGUACAAGGUGCAACUUCACAUUGCUUAGGACAGAACUUUGCAAAAAUGUUUGAGAUUAACUUUGAAAAUGAGAAGGGUGAGAAGGGUAUGGUCUGGCAGAACUCUUGGGCUUACAGUACUCGGACGAUUGGAGUGAUGGUAAUGGUUCAUGGAGAUGAUAAAGGAUUGGUUCUGCCACCUAAAGUGGCAUCAGUUCAAGUUGUUGUGGUUCCUGUACCUUACAAGGAUGCUGAUACUCAAGGAAUUCUUGAUGCUUGUACUGCGACUGUGGAGACCUUGUCUGAGGCCGGUAUCCGUGCCGAGAGUGACCUUAGAGACAAUUACUCGCCUGGAUGGAAGUACUCGCAAUGGGAAAUGAAGGGUGUUCCUCUUAGGAUUGAGAUAGGGCCAAAGGACCUGGCAAAUAAUCAGGUCCGUUGUGUUCGUCGUGACAAUGGUUCAAAAUCGGAUAUAAAGAGGGACAAUUUGGUUGAGCAAGUUAAGACCUUGCUGGAUAACAUUCAGCAGAGCCUGCUCGAUGCUGCUAAACAAAAGAGGGAUGCCUCUGUUCAAGUUGUCAAGACGUGGGAUGAAUUCAAAGAUGCUCUCGCCCAAAAGAAAAUGAUCUUAGCUCCUUGGUGUGAUGAGGAGGAAGUGGAAAAGGAUGUUAAAGAGCGGACAAGGGGCGAAAUGGGGGCAGCUAAGAGUCUUUGUUCCCCACUCGAGCAGCCAGAACUCCCUGAAGGGACUAUAUGCUUUGCCUCAGGUAAGCCGGCGAAGAAGUGGACUUAUUGGGGCAGGAGUUACUAGGGCUAUUUAUUUACUGUGAGGUGCUCUUCAAAUUCGGGCGUAUGCUUCAGUGUCUUGUUUUAACUUAGCAGUUACUGUAAUUGCUGUCUAAAACUGGCAUUGUGGGGUUUUAAACUAAACAGCACUGUGUUGGUCCAAGAUGUUUGCUACUUCUGAUUAUUCUGGAUAUGCAUGUUCUCACAUACAUUCUUUCUUUUGUUAGAGGUUGGAUUCGAGGAUCCGUUUUUGUGUCUAAACAAGCAGACCCUCAUAAACAAUGUUUGCUUUUAGCUUCUUAGAGUUGCAUCAUUCAAGCUGUUCACUUUUUUUUUUUUUUUUUUUUUUUUUUGCGAAGAGAAGCUUAUUGGGCUUGAAGCUUUGAACUAAUAAGUACUGUGGUCAGAUGUAUCGGGAGGAUAAAAUUU